CGCUACAACCCAAACACGCCCUUAACUUUCAAACGUAAAACCCCCCAAAAAGAAGAACUAUAAUAAACCUAGAACGUUCUCUUACUCUCGCUCUACACUCUGCUUUCUCGCUCUCUCGUCGAACGAACACCCGCAGCAACAAUGUCAGCCAUGCUGCAACCCCAGAUCAUACUGCUCAAGGAAGGGACUGAUACGUCACAAGGGAAACCGCAGUUAGUUAGCAACAUAAAUGCAUGCAUGGCCGUGGCUGAUGUUGUGCGAACUACCCUUGGUCCAAGAGGCAUGGACAAGUUGAUCCAUGAUGAGAAGGGGAACACCACAAUCUCUAAUGAUGGUGCCACUAUAAUGAAGCUUCUUGACAUUGUUCAUCCUGCUGCAAAGAUUCUUGUAGAUAUUGCAAAGUCCCAAGAUUCUGAGGUUGGUGAUGGAACCACUACUGUAGUUCUACUUGCAGGAGAGUUCCUGAAGGAAGCGAAGCCUUUUGUCGAAGAUGGAGUUCAUCCUCAAAACCUUAUACGGAGUUACAGGAAUGCUUCUUAUUUGGCCAUUCAGAAGAUCAAAGAAUUAGCUGUUAGCAUAGAGGGAAAAAGCUUGGAAGAAAAGAAGAGUUUACUGGCCAAAUGUGCUGCUACAACACUAUCGUCAAAGCUCAUUGGUGGUGAGAAGGAGUUCUUUGCGACCAUGGUGGUUGAUGCUGUCCUUACCAUUGGAAAUGAAGACAGGCUAAACAUGAUUGGAAUCAAGAAGGUUCCCGGAGGUACCAUGCGGGAUUCUUUUCUUGUUAAUGGUGUUGCCUUCAAAAAGACAUUCUCAUAUGCUGGUUUUGAGCAACAACCAAAGAAAUUUGUAAAUCCCAAGAUACUUUUGCUAAACAUAGAAUUGGAGUUAAAAUCAGAGAAAGAAAAUGCUGAGAUUAGGCUGUCAGAUCCAUUGCAGUACCAGUCAAUUGUAGAUGCAGAAUGGAAUAUCAUUUAUGAUAAAUUGGAUAAAUGUGUAAAGAGUGGAGCCAAGGUUGUUUUGUCACGGCUUGCUAUUGGUGAUCUGGCAACUCAGUAUUUUGCAGACCGUGAUAUCUUUUGUGCUGGUCGUGUUACUGAAGAAGAUCUACAGCGAGUUGCAGCUGCUACUGGUGGAACAGUGCAGACAACUGUGAACAACAUAAUUGACGAGGUUCUUGGAUCUUGUGACCUAUUUGAAGAGAGGCAAGUUGGCAAUGAGCGAUUUAAUAUAUUUAGUGGAUGCCCAUCUGGUCGGACUGCCACAAUUGUUCUUCGUGGUGGCGCGGAUCAGUUCAUCGAGGAGGCAGAGCGAAGUUUACAUGAUGCUAUUAUGAUUGUUAGAAGGGCUUUGAAGAACUCAACUAUAGUUGCUGGUGGUGGUGCUAUUGAUAUGGAGAUAAGCCGGUACUUGAGGCAGCAUGCACGUACCAUUGCUGGGAAGUCACAGCUCUUUAUAAACUCUUAUGCAAAGGCCCUUGAGGUAAUCCCACGGCAACUGUGUGAUAAUGCUGGUUUUGAUGCAACUGAUGUGUUGAACAAACUGAGACAAAAGCAUGCCCUUCCUUCUGGUGAGGGUGCACCUUAUGGUGUAGAAAUCAACACUGGUGGCAUUGCUGAUUCAUUUGCCAACUUUGUGUGGGAGCCUGCAGUUGUGAAGAUUAAUGCCAUAAAUGCAGCCACGGAAGCAGCUUGCCUUGUCCUAAGCGUUGAUGAAACUGUAAAGAACCCCAAGUCCGAGAGUGCACAAGGUGAAGCUGCUGCUAGUGCUAUGGGUGGCAGAGGCCGGGUUGGAGGUGCUUUUCGUGGUCGUGGACGUGGAAUGAGGAGAUGAUAAGCAUUUGUUAGGUUAUGUAUACUUCCAAAGGGUUUUGGGUAACAUUUGUUCUAAUUUUUUUUUUCCUGUAGUCUC